UGACAAAGGAAUCACGGCGAAUGUCAAUAACAGUGAAUGAGUGUAGGAACUGCAACGAGAUAUAAAAAAAAUAAAUAUUUAACCAAAGUGCUGGAAGUCGGGAGAGCGGGGUGGGUGGCUGGGAAUGAAUCAGCGCUCGGGAUGAAGCCGAGUUAGAUCUGAACACCAGGCACUUGCGAGGACCGUGUCGCCCGGCCGUGAGGCGGCUCCGAUGGGGAGGUUGUUCGCCGAGCUUUCCUCUCCCCUCCCCGUAUGAAAGAAAUCGCCGCUUUCGUCCCGCCACACCCGAGCCACGUGGUUUGAUCUUUUAACCGCAGAGCCCGUGUCAUUUAUGUUUGAGCUGAGCGGCGGCCAGUUGACUGAAUCCCACCCGGGCGCCCGCGCUUUCACACCUCCAUCGCCAGCCGGGGAGACACGGACUCGCAGCGGUCCGGUGCGCCCCGCCGUCGGCCCGGAGGGAGGUGGGCAGCGGCGUCUGAGCGCUCGCUUUGAGAAUGCGAAGGUGUGGCACUCGCUGGCAAUGAUGACCCGGUCACCUCGACGCUGGACGGCUUCGGCGGCGGAGUGAGCGCGGUUGCCAGGGACCCGGCCGGGAGCGUCUGGGGAUCGUUCACCCGGCGGCGCCUGUGUGAAUGGUGAUCGGAGUUACCUGGCCGGAGGUGGGAGUGCUGGGCGCGAGUAAAUGCGAAGCAAGCCUCGGCUGUUUCAGUUGAAACCCAUUCAGGUCCACAUCUCCUGCCGAAACUGACCAGAGUCUGGGGCCAUGGGGAGAUGCAAUGGACGUUGUACCCUGAUCGUCCUCUGCAGCUUGCAGCUGGUAGCUGCUUUGGAACGACAGAUCUUUGAUUUCUUGGGCUACCAAUGGGUCCCUAUAUUGGCCAACUUCCUACACAUUAUGGCAAUCAUCCUUGGUGUCUUCGGAACCAUCCAGUACAGACCAAAGUACUUAGUUAUGUAUGCGGGAUGGCUGGUGCUGUGGGUGGCUUGGAAUUCAUUCAUCAUCUGCUUUUAUCUAGAAGUUGGCCAAUUGUCACAGGACCGAGACUUCGUCAUGACCUUCAACACGUCUCUGCACCGCUCGUGGUGGAUGGAGAAUGGACCAGGCUGUGUCGUGACCCCAGUGACCCCGGCUGACCAGACCCCCCAGGACCAUCACGUCAUCACGGUGACAGGGUGCCUGCUCGACUACCAGUACAUCGAAGUCUCCAGCAGUUCCUUACAGAUCUUCCUCGCACUCUGUGGCUUUGUGUACGCCUGUUACGUCAGUAAAGUCUUUAUGGAAGAGGAAGACAGCUUUGACUUCAUCGCGGGAUUUGAUUCCUACGGGUACCAAGCCCCUCAGAAGACCUCUCAUUUACAGCUGCAGCCUCUGUACACGAUUCCAUCCAGGAGCACUGGUCAAGGUAAACAGGGCACAUCCUGGUCGUAAGGAAGCCGGGUGCAGAAAACAAGGGGCACAAACAUCGUCUGCAACCAACCGUCAAAAGCAGACACUGAUUGGGGAUUUUGUCGAAGAAUAAGAAUGUUCCAAGAGGCACAAAAAGAGGGAGAGAGCAAAGUGCAGGAGGAUCGUAGGGAAGUCAGACAAACUUCAGUGCUAACUGGUUGUAAAUUUCAUUGAAACUUCACAGAAGCUUGAGAAUUUUGAUAUUUUUAGGAUUAGACAGGUACAAUGGCGCCCUCUAAUGUUGGAUGUCCGUAAUGACUGGCUGUAUUCACAAAGCAGUCCUGGCCCUGCAGGAAGACCCUUCGAAAGAGGAACUUUCAGCACUUACAGAGAGGUGGCGCCACCGGCAGUUCAGGUCAAGUGAAGGGUGGGGGAGAGGUGGUGUUGCAAGUCCCACUCUCUCUCUGCGGUCAUUUUUUAAAAAUUAUCCAGUCAGGUGAGUUGUUUAGGACCAGCGCCUGGCUCCUUUCUCCAUUCUGUGGGAAAAAGCACUUGUGAUUCCAGUCACUUUGCAGAAGACUUCUGUCCGAGUUGAACGGCUGGCUUGCAAAAGUCUGCCGUAACCCUUCCAACUCCAGCCGGUGUUUCACCUUGUGGUAAUGAGCAGGAAGAUGUGGACACUAUUGAGUCCAUCGAACUGCGAAGCCAAGAGAUGGGGGACUGGUUGGGACGAUUCUCAGGUGCCAGAACGCAGUCUGUUCGUGCUUGAAGUUCUGCAAGUUACUUUCCAGGGUGUGCCCACGGUAUACAUAACGAUGUUUUUUUAUCUGAAGGGGCACAAUAAUUCAGUCAUGGGGCAUCCCAUCUUAGUACAAGUCAGCCUGAAAUCACUGGGCCUCAAGCCUCUUCCUUUAUUGAACUUGUGGUCAGAGCUGCCGUUGGUGUUGAUUGAUUUCAGGAUGAUUGUUUUGUCAACAGCCCAUGAAUGGAGAAAGCUCUGAAACUCCAAAAGCAGACACCACAGAACCUGCCUCCAGUCGAGUAAUGGCCUACAGUCAAUAGGUCUCUACUUUUUGGCUUUGGUUUGACCCUUAACCCCAAAAUGGCUGCCAAUGCGGCAGUAAGCCUGCAUAAAGAAUGUAUCAGACCAUUCAGCCCAUCGAGUCUGCUCUGCCACUUGUAUGUUUCCGAUUCAAGUGCAGUUGGACAAACAUCCUGAUUUUUCAGUGGUGCUUGUUAUCUGAGGGGAUACAAGGUGCAUUUCAGGGGCAGGUUUAUUAUGCGUCCCCCAAUUUUUUUGGGGUUAAUUCUUCCACUUUGCAUUUUCUGGAUAGAGUUGGGUUGACUUUUCUCUGGAGCUGAGGGGAGAUCUGGGCAAGGUUUGCAAGAUAGAGUGGACAGGGAGUAUCUGUUUCCCAGGGUUAGAAUGUCUGAUGCCCGAGGGCAUGCAUUGAAGGUGAGAGGGGGUAGGCCAAGGGGGACGUGAGGGGUAAGUUUUUUACUCAGAGAGUGAUGGAUACCCGGAAUGCACUGCCUGGUCUGGUGGUAGAAGCAAAUACAUUAGAGGCUUUUAAAAGACGUUUAGAUAGGAAGAUGGAGGGAUAUGGACAUGGCGUAGGAAGGAGGGAUUAGCGUUUGGGUGUUUAUGAUUUGCUUUUUAGCUGGUACAGCACAGCAUUGUGGGCUGAAUGGCAAGUUCCUGCGCUGUGUUCUCUUUGCUGACAGGAAGAAGUUGACUUCCUGAUCCGCGGUCGGCCUUUCGGGGAGCAUGAUUGGCUGAAGCGACGGAGGGCAGGGUCAGGGGGUCGUUGCCGAGCAGGGACGAGGUUAGGGAAGGUGUCGGGGCGGAGGUUGUCAUUCUGUUCUUGGAGCCUGGCCGUGAUUCGUAUCCAGUUCUUUAGGUCUAGUAGUUUGUGCGCAGUUUGCCAUGGAUAAACUAUCAGGGCUCAGGAUGGGGUGGGAGUAUUGUUGAUGUCUUUGUAUCGCCAGGAGGUACAAGUGGUCACUGAGUUGGAUGAGCCUGGUGACCAGCUGGUUAUUGGGGAACGUGUGUCUUUACUCUGUUAUCCGUUUUGUUAGUGCAGUUCGAUUUACAAUGACCUUUCAGCUGCCGGGAUUGUGCGUAGACUUUCCUGAGUUUUAUGACAAUGUCAGUGAGCUUCUUGUUCGGUGCUUCCAAAAAAAGAAAGUAGGGGCCGUUUAAAAGUUGCCACCUUUGCUGAGACCUGUGAAGCAAAGACCAGGAGCCGGUUGGAUCGGGUUCUUCCUGGGGCCAGUAGGAAUUAUUCCCCUCAAAGUUCAGCAGGAACCGAAGGAAAGUCCUUUGAGCCCAAGGAGUGCCCUUAGGCUUCCAACAGGAACUUGAGGGUUGUCCCUUGGCUUGGGUCACCGUGCAGCUCAGUAGGCAGAGAGGCAGCUGAUGCUUUUGUCCUGUGGGCACCGCUGGCAAGGGUGGCAGUUCAUGCCCUUUGUGUAUCACAGCUGCCCAGUGCCGUUGAUGAGAAAGCCCCUGAAAGAGGAGCCAAGGACGGCCGGGGUAGCAGGGUCUCCGCCAGUCGGUCGCCGCCUCAUCCACAGGGGCUGCUCUAAGAACGAGCAGGAGAAGCGCCAGUGACCCACCGGAUAUACCCCCGGAGCAGGGUAACAGGCCGGAUGUGGGAGUGACUGGGGGAGGCCGAGGGGGCAGUGAGUAAGUUACACCAUUUCAGCACCUUUCCAAGGCUCCCACCUGUCUUGUGAAUACAGCCACAGAUCCAGCCGCCUUAAAACUUUUUUUUGUCAACCUACUGAAUGUGUGUAUCACAGCUUUUCUGCCGGACGUUAUCUUUGAAAAUGUUGCUGUACAGGAUUAUCACUCUGAAUUUUGUAGGGCUGGAGGAAAAUAAACUGAAGGCUGCAGCCAAUUUUAACAGUCGACUGUGUGCUGAUUGGAAAAAGGGUCUGCUUGCAACCCCUCCCUGUCUAAUUAUUGUCUAAUUCGAUC